GUUUCUGCAUAAAGUGCUGCCGGCACCAAGUUCCAGUCUGCUGCAAGGUUUGUUUGACUUGCGCACACAGAGCCUGCUUAAUAGAUUACUCCCAUAGGCAGGGGUUCAUCGGGGAGGAUGGAAUUUGAACUCUCAAGAGCAACUGUGAAGUGAAAAAACAGAAUUUGGACAGCCUAGGCUGAGAUGGAUGAUGAGGGAACAAAUCAAAACACCAGCAAAUUGCCAGGAGCCGGAGGCCAGCCAUCUGCAACUUCUCUAGCAAACCCACUGAUGAGGGACUUUGUUUCAGACUGGUCUCCUUUACAUGAUGCCUCUGUCCAUGGGCGUCUGCUUACUCUGAAGAAACUCAUCAACCAGGGGAGCAAUGUUAAUCUACUUACAGCAGACCAGGUCUCCCCUCUCCAUGAAGCCUGCCUAGGAGGUCAUGCUGCUUGUGCCAGUGUCUUAUUAAAGCAUGGUGCUCAGGUAAAUGGAGUUACUGUUGACUGGCACACCCCUUUGUUCAAUGCUUGUGUCAGUGGCAGUGUGGCUUGCUUGAAUUUAUUGCUGCAGCAUGGAGCCAGUCUGCACCCACCCUGUGACCUAGCAUCCCCUAUCCACGAAGCUGCUAAGAGAGGUCAUGAGCAAUGUGUUGAAUUCCUCGUGUCCCGUGGAGUAAAUAUAGAUCACGACAUCAAACAUCUGGGUACUCCACUUUAUGUAGCUUGUGAAAACCAGCAAGUAAACUGUGCUAAGAAGUUUCUUGAGUCAGGGGCAAACGUGAAUCAUGGCAAGGGCCUGGAUUCCCCUCUGCACGUGGCUGCCAGGAACUGCAAUGCCGAGCUGGUGACGCUGCUGAUCGACUUUGGAGCAGACAUCUGGGCAAAGAACGCGGACAGAAAAAGGCCGAUGGAGCUGGUUCCUCCGAGCAGCCCCCUGAGUCAACUCUUUCUGCAGAAAGAAGAAGCACGCCCUGCAGCUACAAGUCCAAGACCAAUUACAGUCUGCCAUGGGAGGGAGCACAGUGGAUAUUGGCUGUCCCGCUCCACAGUUAGGACCUAUAUCCGCUCAUGCCUUCGUGGGGAGAGCAGGCACCAGAGCUCACCCCAUCCCGUGGCCAAGAUGCCGAAACACCGGCUCCGCUGCCAGCGCCAACCCAUCUCCCGCUCCGAGCCAUGGUGCCUCCUGUGUGAGCAAUGCCACAGCUUCUGCAGACCCAGCACCCGAGCAUCGGAGGGGCAAACCAACCACAGCGGCGCUGCUGGAAAUCCUUUUUGCUUAGUUGUGAAGGCUCCUGCAAGGCUGGGCUGGGGUGUGUGGCAGCUGACUGUGCUGUGCUGACGUAGAGCGAGCAUGUGGAAAAAUGCUGCCUGGCCUGUGCUGGUGAAACAGUUAACUUCAGCAGUGAGAUAUACUGCGUCCUCAGCUCGUGAGUGGAGAGAAUGACAGCUUUCAGUUAAGACACCUUAUUUUGAUGUUUACAGUGUCCGCAGUGCAAGCCUUCUUCUCACACAUGGGAAACUCAAGAGGAUGGAUCAAAUCCUACACCUGUGUGCUCAUAUUUGCUGUAAAUUACAAUUUGCAUCCUAACACUGUCCAGUACAAAUGCAGGCGGUAGAUGAUCUGUAUGAGGGUUUGGUUUUGUGCUUGCCAAACACAGCAAGAGUAGUUCUGUGAGUUUUGUGGGACACUAGAUUGUACUCUAACGGGACAAACACAUUUUGGUCUAUAACUUCCAUCGGGAUACAGACACGUAGAAACCUUUGUUGAUCUGACUCCAUUCGUCACACCUAAUUUGAGCCAUCUGAAAAUUCCCUGGCUGGUUUAAGAUGGCCGUGUAUAUUCUUCCCCUCCUAAUGAGAAAGAAAAAUAGAAACCUGUCUUGAUAGACUGAAUAAAAGCAAGUAUCUUAGACAGGUGGCUCCUUCUAAAAUCAAUAUAUUGGAUAAGCAGAAUCUGCGUUGAAUAGAAGGGAAUAGAUAAUUAACUUAGCACUUAACUUUCAGAAAGUUAAAGUUAAGCAUGCAGAAUCCCUGCUUAGGUGACCACAUCUGAAAAUUGAAAAAGCAGCUUGUCAUAUUAUAAAUGAUGAAGAACAAUUUUUUUACCUGCUAGUUUUAUCAUUUACCUUUAAGCAUCUUAUUUUUUAACCUCAACCCGUGGGUUUAUAGGAUUAAUGCUAAUAUCAGGAGAAAAUUGCUCAUAGAAGGUAUUUAGAGUGUUGUUUCUAAGAUUUGUUUUUCUUCUGGAAAUUUCAUAGCAUUACUCUGUUUACUUGAAUUUCCCUGGUCAUGUAUAAUUAGGAUGAACUCUCUAUGCACAGUUUGUAUCAUCUCAGUAUAUUUGCUAAUUUAUUUUAAUAUUAGUUAUGAUCCACACUGGUGAAUUACAUCUUUAUGCAUCAACACUUAUCCAGUUACACACUGUAAAAGUUGUACACGAUGCAAACUGAGUAAGCUCAGAAUAAGUAAGAUUUGGAGUUUUUUCUAUGUUUGAAACCAUUUCAUAUGUAAUGCUGGAUUUCAAAUAUUGUCAUGAAUAUAUUUUUUCAGAUUCUUUGCCAUUAUUUUCUUAGCAGUUUAAUGAUAGUCAACUGGCAACUGUAUAUGAUAUUUGCUCAGAAAUAUAUGAUUUGUACUGUAUUUUUGUUUUCACUCUUUUUUUAAGUGACAGAACUAAUUUUCUGCAGAAUCUGAUAUUAUGGAGUUUAGGACUGAAUUCUAAUCAUUUGGCAUGCUGCCUACAAAAUAGUAGUACACAGUAGUUCUUUUUAAAUAGACCUGCACUAUAGAUGACACUAAGAUGCAGAUACUGUGUAAAUCCUAUCCUCUUGCUGAUGUUUUAAGGUAGCGUUGGACUCCAGCAAUUAUUUUUCUGUUCACU